AUGGGCACUGGAGAUUUUAUCUGCAUUUCCAUGACUGGAGGGGCGCCCUGGGGGUUUAGGCUGCAAGGAGGCAAGGAGCAGAAGCAGCCCCUGCUAGUCGCGAAGAUUCGAAGUCAGAGCAAAGCAUCAGACUCUGGCCUGUGUGAGGGGGAUGAAGUGGUGUCCAUCAAUGGCAACCCUUGUGCAGACCUCACCUACCCUGAAGUCAUCAAGCUUAUGGAGAGCAUAACAGACUCUCUCCACUUGCUUAUCAAAAGACCAUGCAGUGGUACAAGUGAGACUUUGGAUUCUGAAACAGAAAACAUAAACCAUCAGCAUCUUACACAUGAGGGGCCCAUGGAAAGUACCACCUUGCAGAUUCUUCCAGCCACAAACACCCAGUGCAAAGACUUCUUCCUCGCUUCAGUCCCAAGUAAAGUUUCCCUAACCGAGGACCAAGGAAAUGAUUGGGGUUACGCGGAAUGUACAACGGGAGAAAAAAUUCCCCAGAUGCUUGGCUCCCAAGAAGAACACUUGGUAGAGGAGGUCAUCUUAAGGGAAAAGGCAGAAGAAGGCCAGGCGGGCCGUGUAGUUGAGCUCCAACUGUCUCUCUCAAAGGAAAGACAUCAGUAUGCUAGUGGCCCCAUAGUGGCUCUCCAGGGAAACGAAAACUCCAAGUCUCCUGACCCAGACUGGAGUUCACAACACGAGAGGACCGUCCACAUCAAUUCGGUCGCUGCUCCUGAGGAGGAAGCAGACACUUCUCUCCUGCCCAGCACAACAAGCCAGACCUCCAGCGGCCAGCCGCUGAGAGUGAUCCAAGGGAGAGAAGCGGGAGGCGCAGGGCUGCCCCAGGUGGAAGUGAUUCUGGAUUGCUCUGACAGGCAGAAGGCGGAAGAGUGCAGGCUGCAGGCAGGAAAGGGGUGUGUGGCUUCUGGGGUGGAAGGAGGGCGGUCAGAAGCACCUCCUUCUCUGGUCUCCUUUGCCGUCUCACCAGAAGGCACCGAACAGGGGGAAGAUCAACGCCCGGGAAAGGAUCAUAGCAGACCACACAAACACAGGGCACGACAUGCUCGGCUCAGGAGGAGCGAAAGUCUGUCUGAAAAGCAAGUGAAAGAAGCUAAGUCUAAAUGCAAAAGCAUCGCUCUCCUUCUAACCGAUGCUCCCAACCCCAACUCCAAGGGGGUGUUGAUGUUUAAGAAGCGGAGGCGGAGGGCCCGGAAGUACACCCUAAUCAGUUACGGUACUGGCGAGCUUGAAAGAGAGGAGGAGGAGGAGGAGGACCAGGAGGAAGGUGACAAGGACGAGAUUAGUGAAGUCGCAUUUCUUGGAACGAGCGAGUCAGAAGUGGAUGAAGAGUUGCUGUCGGACAUUGACGACGACGCACAAGUUGUGAACUUUGACUGGGAUUCUGGACUGGUAGACAUUGAAAAGAAGCUGAGCCGAGGGGACAAGAUGGAGAUGCUGCCAGACACCACAGGCAAGGGGGCGCUCAUGUUUGCUAAGAGGAGAGAGAGGAUGGAACAGUUCACCGCCCAAAACGAAGAGGAGAAAGCGGGUGCGCUGCCAGGCAGAGAACCAGACGGGCUGCAGGCGGACGGUCUGAGAACCGUGACUUCUUAUCAAAGGAAGGAAGAGGAAUCCGUGAGAAUGCAGAGCUCUGUGAGUGAAAGCUCCAUCCAGAUGGGCUGUAGUCUUGGCAACAUGCCACAACAGAAUGGCUUCAGUGGCGUUUCUGAGACAGCAGGGGCCCAGAGGAUGAUCCCUAUGAACAGAACCGCCAAGCCCUUCCUGGGAACUAUGAACCAGACAGCAGCCCCCUUCUCCCCAACCCGGAGUGUGACAAGCCCCAUGUCCGACUUUCCUGCCCCACCACCUUACUCUGCCGUCUCACCUCCACCCGAAGCCUUCUCCAGAGGGGUAGCAAGUCCAAUCACUGGCCCAGCACAGCCGCCGCCAUGGCCCCAGCCUGCUCCAUGGUCACAACCAGCGUUCUACGAUUCUUCUGAGCAAAUAGCUUCCCGGGACGAGAGGAUCGCAGUGCCUGCGAAAAGAACAGGCAUACUGCAGGAAGCCAGAAGGCGAGGCACCACAAAACCCAUGUUUACGUUUAAAGAAACCAAAGUGAGCCCCAACCCUGAGCUCCUGUCACUUCUUCAAAAUGCAGAAGGUAAGCGAGGCGCCGGAGCUGGAGGGGAUUCGGGGCCGGAAGAAGACUAUCUCAGCUUAGGCGCAGAGGCUUGUAACUUCAUGCAAAGUUCUGCUAAGCAGAAGACCCCACCUCCCGUCGCCCCAAAGCCUGCAGUCAAGUCCACCUCCUCACAACCGGUAACCCCAGUUUCUCCAGUCUGGUCUCCCGGAGUGGCUCCAUCCCAGCGUCCUGCCUUCUCCACAUCAAACCUACCGAACCCACCACAGGUCACAGCUGUGUCCUCUAUCAAAAUAGCCCAGCCCUCCUGCCCUCCUGCCCGGCCUGCGAGCUCACUGAACCUGGCCGGUCCCUUCAAAGGGCCCCAAGCAGCAGUCGUCAGUCAUAACUACACGCCCAAGCUAUCGGCACCCACAUCGCAAGUAAAUGCUCACGCUGGUGCCGGGGGACCAUCCAAUGAGCUUCCUGGAAUGAGCGGGAAAGGAGCCCAGCUGUUUGCUAAAAGGCAGUCGAGGAUGGAGAAGUACGUGGUAGAUUCCGACACAGUGCAGGCCCACGCAGUUCGGGCCCAGUCUCCUACUCCGUCCCUGCCAGCCAGCUGGAAGUACUCCUCGAAUGUUCGAGCACCCCCUCCUAUGGCCUACAAUCCGAUCCAUUCCCCCUCAUACCCACUGGCUGCUAUCAAGUCUCAGCCACCUACUGCCCAGGCCUCCAAAACGAGCAAGAAAAAGGGCAAGAAACCGCUUAACACUUUGGAUGUCAUGAAGCAUCAACCGUAUCAGCUCAACGCGUCUCUGUUUACCUUCCAACCUCCUGACGCAAAGGAUAGCCUCCCUCAAAAGUCAACGGUCAAGGUCACUUCAGGCCCGGCUGUGAGGCACGCCCUUCCUCCCCGACAGGUGAAUGUUGGCUCUCCCACCAAUGCGCAGGCUUCGUCUGUGUACUCGGUACCGGCCUAUCCCGCUCAGCCCUCCUUCUUCGCAGAGCCCACCUCGCCCGUCAGUGCACCCCCAGUUCCUGUGAGUGUUCCCACCUCGCCGAAGCAAGAAUCCGCUUCCUCAUCGUAUUUUGUGGCACCAAGGCCGAAGUUCUCAGCCAAGAAAAGCGGUGUCACAGUCCAGGCGAGUGGACGCUCCCUUUCUCUUCCUGGAAAACCAGCCCCGCCCAACAUGUCUGCACCUCCGUGGCUGUACCAGCCGGCUCACGGUUUCCCCAGUAGGCCGACCCUCGGGCUGGAGAAAGCUAACAAGAGACCAACACCUUGGGAAGCAGCGGCUAGGUCUCCCCUUGGUCUAGUGGAUGACGCCUUCGGACCCAGAAGCAUCCAGGAAUCCAUUGUGGCGAAUGUAGUCUCCGCAGCUCGGAGGAAGGCGUGUUCAGGGUCCCAAGAGGACUGGAAAGAGAGACUGUCCUUUGUCUCCCAAACUCAGAAGACCAACAUGAGUUUCCCUGAAAGGCAAGAGUAUAAUGCUCCAUCCCCAGUCAGCAGCCUCAUGUCCACCCACUCCGUGUACAGUUCCCAGUUGCCGUAUGUGAGCCCUAGGCAGGAGUCCAGAUACGACCCGAAAAUAAUGCCCAUGGAGACCAGGUCUGAAUACGGUCUUCCAUUAGGUGGCUACAAUUAUAACCGGCACCCACGGGGGUGGAGACACCAACCAUGA